CUGUGAAAACCAUUUUACAUGGCUGCGUGCUCAUAUCAAGUCUAAGUAGCAAUGGAAACUCUCCAGUUCAAAUCCAGUGGACGCUAGGGAAGAUGGACGCAGAGGCUGAAGAUAAAACGCUGCGUACCCGUGCGAAAGGAACCAAGGCACCAAUGGAUUCUCUAAUCCAGGAGCUCAGUGCUGCGCAUGACUGCUGCACGGCCAAGAAGAGGAGAGCCGGGGAGCAGGCUCUGGGGGUGCCGGUCAACAAGAGAAAGUCCCUGCUCAUGAAGCCCCGACACUACAGCCCCAGCGCGGACCGCGAGGAGGGACAGGCUGAGCGGACGGCAGAGGCGUUGGGGCAGGACGGCGCCCCGGAGACCCACCAUCACCCCGGCGCAGAAGAAAUCAUGAUAAAACCCAUGGAGGAGAAGCUUCAUUCAACUGCACAAGAAAAUUCCGAUGGGAAGGAAGACAGAUACGGCCGUUAUCAAGAGCUCAUGGUCAAAUCGCUAAUGCAUUUGGGGAAAUUUGAAAAAAAUGCAUCUGUUCAGACCAUAAGUGAGAACUUAGAUGACAGUGGCAUCCAGUCUCUAAAAGCAGAGGGGGAUGAAGUGGAUGAGUGCUUUAUGGUUCAUUCCGACGAUGGAAAAGGCAAAAUCGACGAUCCCCAGCUGCGGUUCCGCUCCUCCGAUGACACCGAAAGUAACUCUCAAAGUGCAGAGAAUGGCUGGGACAGCGACUCCAACUUCUCAGAAGAAACCAAACCUCAGAGCGUCCCAAAGUACGUUCUCGCGGAUGAUAGGAAAGACCUAUUGGAAGUUCCUGAAAUAAAAACUGAAGGUGACAAGUUUAUCUCUUGCGAAAGCACAUGUGAUUCGGAAACAGAAAGGAGAGACCCACAGCACACUCUCGUGGACCCAUCGGAUGGCCAAGCCCAGCCCUCGUUCCCUGGGAGUAAGGAGGAUGAUCACAGGCACGGGUGUCCGGCCGCGGGGGUGGACGAAGCCGCUGCCCUGGAGAAAGCCAAGGGGAACUUGAGUUUGCUGGAGCAGGCGAUCGCCCUGCAGGCUGAGCGAGGCUGUGUUUUCCACAGCACCUACAAGGAGCUGGACAGGUUUCUUCUGGAGCAUCUCUCGGGGGAGAGGAAGCAAAACAAAGUCAUUGACGUGGGCGGAAGACAAGUCUUUACCAGUAAACAUUCACCGAGGCCUGAAAAGAGGGAGACCAAGUGCCCCAUCCCCGGGUGCGACGGCACAGGGCACGUGACAGGGCUGUACCCUCACCACCGCAGCCUUUCAGGGUGCCCUCACAAAGUGCGGGUUCCCCUGGAGAUUCUUGCCAUGCAUGAAAAUGUGCUCAAGUGCCCCACCCCGGGAUGCACAGGACGAGGGCAUGUGAACAGCAACCGCAACACGCACAGGAGUCUUUCUGGUUGUCCAAUUGCUGCAGCUGAAAAAUUGGCAAUGUCCCAGGACAAAAGUCAGCUUGAUUCUGCCAAAACCGGGCAGUGUCCUGAGCAGGGUCACAGGACAAGCUUGGUGAAGCAAAUCGAAUUCAAUUUCCGAUCACAAGCCAUCAUCUCUCCCAGAGCUACGGUGUCAAAAGAGCAAGAGAAAUUUGGAAAAGUACCUUUCGAUUAUGCCAGUUUCGAUGCCCAGGUUUUUGGUAAACAUCCCCUCGUACAAACAGGUCAAGGCCGAAAAACACCACCAUUUCCUGAAUCGAAGCAUUUUUCCAAUCCAGGGAAAUUUCCUAACCGGUUGCUGAGUGCGGGCACUCACACACCGAGCCCCGGCCGUGCCAGCUCUCACAGCCACGGUCAGCGCGGCGGAGACACCCACGUAGCGACAGCUGCUGCCAUCCUGAACCUCUCCACCCGCUGCAGGGAAGCUGCAGACAUCCUCUCCAGCAAACCGCAGAGUCUGCCUGCCAAGGGAGCCGAGAUAGAAGUGGAUGAAAAUGGCACAUUGGACUUAAGCAUGAAAAAAAACCGCAUCCUGGACAAAGCUGCACCCCUAACUUCCACUAACCCUUCUGUUCCAACUGCUUCCUCUUCCCCAUUCAAAACCAGCAGCCUGUUGGUCAAUGCCGCCUUCUACCAGGCCCUCUGUGAUCACGAGGGCUGGAACACGCCUAUCAACUAUAGCAAAGCUCACGGGAAGACAGAGGAGGAGAAAGAGAAAGACCCAGUGAGCUCUCUAGAAAAUUUAGAGGAAAAGAAGUUCCCUGGAGAGGCCUCCAUACCAAGCCCUAAACCCAAGCUCCACGCAAGAGAUCUCAAGAAAGAACUAAUCACCUGUCCAACGCCAGGAUGCGACGGGAGCGGGCACGUCACAGGCAACUAUGCAUCUCAUCGCAGUGUCUCUGGAUGUCCUUUGGCAGAUAAGACUCUGAAAUCCCUCAUGGCGGCCAACUCUCAGGAACUCAAGUGUCCCACUCCAGGCUGUGACGGUUCGGGGCACGUGACCGGAAACUAUGCCUCCCACCGAAGCCUGUCCGGCUGCCCUCGUGCCAGGAAAGGUGGUGUCAAGGUGACCCCUACGAAGGAAGAAAAAGAAGACCCUGAACUCAAAUGCCCUGUGAUCGGGUGUGACGGCCAAGGUCACAUAUCAGGUAAAUACACAUCCCACCGCACGGCUUCUGGCUGUCCCCUGGCCGCCAAGAGACAGAAGGAGAACCCUCUCAAUGGGGCCCCCCUCUCCUGGAAGCUGAACAAACAGGAACUUCCCCACUGCCCGCUGCCUGGCUGCAAUGGGCUGGGCCACGUGAACAACGUGUUUGUCACCCACAGGAGCUUAUCUGGAUGUCCUCUCAAUGCACAAGCCAUCAAGAAGGGCAAGGUCUCUGAAGAACUAAUGACCAUCAAGGUCAAAGCAUCCGGAGGUAUAGAGAGUGAUGAAGAAAUUAGGCAUUUGGAUGAAGAAAUAAAGGAACUCAAUGAGUCCAACCUUAAAAUUGAAGCAGAUAUGAUGAAACUCCAGACGCAGAUCACGUCUAUGGAGAGCAACUUAAAGACGAUAGAGGAGGAAAACAAACUGAUAGAACAGAGCAACGAGAGUCUGCUGAAGGACCUGGCGGGCCUGAGUCAAGCCCUCAUCUCCAGCCUCGCUGACAUCCAGCUCCCACAGAUGGGGCCCAUCAGUGAGCAGAAUUUUGAAGCGUAUGUCAACACGCUCACAGACAUGUACAGCAAUCUGGAGCGGGACUAUUCCCCGGAAUGCAAGGCUCUGCUGGAGAGCAUCAAGCAGGCGGUGAAGGGCAUCCACGUGUAGGAGCACAGCGCCACGGGCUGCAGACUCUCCACCGGCAGCCGCGUGUAUGGAUCUGGAGGGCCCCCGGCCGCUAAGGCAGGCAGGCGCCGUACUGCAUCUACAAUUGCAACAUUGCACUAAUUUCCCCCCCACCCCAGCUAACGUGAAAAGGAAAGAAAAACUAUGAUAGACUCUUUGGAUGAAAAGCAAUGCAGUCAAAUAUUAGAUCUUAUUUAUUUUCAUAUGCUUUCCUUUUAUUUCUUCAUUGCACUCUUUUGGGUUCUUUUUGUACAGUAUAUGUAAA